UCUCAGGUACACCACACACACCGUUCCUCUCUUCUCUUGCGCUCUGCUCUCUUGCACUAGCUAGCUAGCUCAGCCAGCGGUGCGCUCCGGCCAUCUCCAUGUCCCUCAUCACCGAUGACCCUGACCGCGCCCCGAGGGACUGCACGGCGGCCAGGCGCCACCAAUCCGGUAGGCGCCGGCGGCGGCUGCUGAUCGUGGCGGCGUCAGCGGUGGCGUUGCUGCUGGCCCUGGCCAUCAUACUCUGGCUCACACUCCGCCCUUCCAGCCCGCGGUUCAGGCUGCUGACCGCCACCGCCUCCACGAACGCCACCGGGGGCAUGGGCACCGUCCUGCUGGUCGCGUCCCUCGUCGCGCACAACCCCAACGCGCACGCCCUCGCGCUCUACGACGGCCUCCGGGCGCGCGCAUCCUACGCGGGACUCCAGCUCGCCGCCGCCGCGCCGAUCCCGCCGUUCCAGCAGGCCCAGGGCGACGUCAAGCUCUCCGCCACGCUCUUGUCGUCCUCGGCUGCGGAGGAAACGAUGGCGGGCGAGCGGUCGCCAGCGCUGCUGACGCUGCGCCUGGAGGGGCGGCUCCGGUGGAAGGUGGCUGUCUGGGUGUCCGGCAGCCGCACCCUCGCUGCCGAGUGUGUCGCCGCUGCCGUAUCGCCGUCUCAGCUCAGGGCCGUCGUCGUGCAGGACUGCCAGUGCGCCACCACCAUCGAAUGAAGAAAUCUGGACACCGAUUAUAUCUGCAUGUAUAGGUGGAUUUUAUUUUUUGCGGUUGAUGUAUAGGUGGAUUAUUAAACUACUUUGCCAUUAGUCGUGUGCUCAAUUAUACUAGUACUACUUCCUCUACGUUCUUGUACUUACUGUACUCAGUACGUAGUUAAUUAGGAAAAGAUGGACGAUACGUGCAUGCAAUCAGGUGCAAAUGGUUGCGUGCCUUCUCUCGCAUAUGUCUUUUAAAACAACUCCCCAUAUAUUAAUAAUUAAUUAAAACAUUAUUACA